GAAGCCAAAAAGAAAUAUGAUAAAGAGACGGAGAAGUACUGUACAGUGUUGGAGAAACACCUCAGUCUGUCUGCGAAGAAGAAGGAAGCACACCUUCAUGAAGCGGAUAACCAGGUGGACAUCGUGAGGCAUCACUUCUAUGAAGUCUCGCUGGAAUAUGUCUUCAAAGUGCAGGAAGUUCAGGAGAGGAAAAUGUUUGAGUUUGUGGAGCCGUUGCUGGCUUUUCUACAGGGUCUGUUUACAUAUUAUCAUCAUGGGUACGAACUGGCCAAAGACUUCAACCAUUUCAAGACAGACCUCACAAUCAGCAUUCAAAAUACGCGGAACCGGUUCGAGAGCACACGUUCAGAGGUGGAAUGUUUGAUGAAGAAGAUGAAGGAAAACCCACACGAACAUAAGAGCAUCAGUCCACACACAAUAGAAGGAUACCUGUUUGUGCAAGAGAAACGUGAGUUGAAAAGUUUGGAGCUUUUCAGAUUUCUAAGACACAACUGAUCACACUGACUUGUGGC